UCACAGCUAAGUGCUCAGCAGCUGCUACGGAGGAGCGGAAUAGUCCUUUGGCAACUGGUUGUGGGUUUUCUUUUCACCUUUGUUUAAUGUCACGUGAAGAUGUGUUGAUACUUUUGUCCUCUAAAGAGAAAUUAAGGGUUUGUCUAUGAAUAAUUUAAAUAACCCUCCUCCUAACUGGAACAUUCAGCCUAAUGCAAGAAAUAAUGAAGAUCAUGGAAGCAAAUGGAAUUAUGCUUUGUUGGUUCCAAUGUUGGGGCUGGCUGUCUUCCGUUGGAUUUGGUCCAGAGAAUCUAAGAAAGAGAUAGAAAAAGAGAAAAGAAACGUAUACAGAAAACUGUCAUUGGUACAGAAAGAACUUGAAUCUAAAUAUCGUGACGUAAUUAUAGAAAACCGUAGAAUGGUUGCUCACUUGGAAUUAGAAUUGGAGAAGGAACAGAACAGAACCCUAAGUUAUCGCAAUGCACUCAUCUCUCAGAGUUACAAACUGGUAGAAGAAAGAAGAACUUUGGAACAAGAGCGCACAAAGAUAGAACAAGAGAAGCUGAUACUGCAGCACUCUGGUGCUGCUGGUGCUGUGUAUCAGAACUGUCUGGAGAAGGAAGAACAAUGGCAAAAGAAAGCCACUAUUUUACUAAAAGAGUUUGAAGAAGCUUUAAUGGAAAGGCAGAAUAUGUACUGCAGCCUUGUGCUGCCAAGAUAUCAUCGAUUGGCAGUGGAGAAAAAAAUGCUAGCCAAAGCAACAAAUGAUCCACUUGGUUUGGAAUUGGAACUAGAAGCUGGCUUAAAAGAUAUUUUCAGGCAUGAUACCUCUUGCAGCAGUUUGCUAAAUACCAAUAAACAUCAAAAUGGAAAGCUAAUGUGGAUCUACCUUCGAUAUUGGGAGUUAUCUGUUGAACUUAGAAAAUUUAAGAAAGCAGAGAAGGUAUUCUUGGGGAAAAGUGACUAAAGCUAGGCCAUCCCUAUAUUCUAUUAAUCUAGUCCUCUCCAGUUCAACCCACAGAACCCUUCAACCCACAGAAUCUCCAUGCUGGCUUCGUGAUUUAUAUAUACCUUCGUGAGGCAUGUAUCAGUAUCUUUAGCUUACUGCCAUAAGUACAUUCAUCAUCUAAUAAUAUCAGUGCCUCUUAUUUUGAUUAAUCUAAAUGUGUAUUGGGUGAUGCCAUAGUAAUGUACGGCAACUAAAUACCUAUGAUUUUUGUAUUAGCAGUGCUUCUACAUUCAAUAGUAUUUUUUAAAAAAUAAUAUUUUAUUUCCACAUUUCUAUGGUCCUUUCUAUGCUGUCGCUCUUUUCAUUCCUCAGAUCCUCAAAUACAGUCUCAACCUGACACACGGUUAUCCUCACCACUGCCAACUUCAAAUGCAGAGAUCACUACAUCAGACAGGGAGUGCACCAUCUCAGUGAUAAAAACCAUAUCCAGCUCAUCAAAUCAAUGCUUAACAUGUAAUUUCACUGUAAAAUCUUUACAAAGAAAAAUAGAUAAAUACAAAGAUUCUGUUUAUAUCUAGCACAGUUAUUAAGUAUGUUCUGCAUAGUCCAAAAGAAGGAAUAGGAUAUUUCACUGCCUGAAUUGAAGAACUUUUCAAUAGAAUUUUUGGAGAAAAAAAUCAAUUUCAAUUUUUAGCUUCUUGCUUAAAACGUGUUGAUAUAUUCAUCAGGAGUCAAGUUCAACUUAAGAGUGCUUUUACCUUUACCAUAUUAAAUGAACUUGUUUCACCCUGAUAUAUAAGAUAUUAGUAUUUUCAGUAAACUAUGCAAGAAUACUACAUAAAUUGAAGGGAAAAAAUCAAAGACCCUAAGAAAAUACUCAUGUACCUUUCAGCAUUAUAAGGUGUAUGAGUGGGUGUCAGAGAUAGUCAAUACUGCAUAUAGGGAUCAGAUUUUAAAGAAGUUAAAGAAAACAAUCAUAGCUUAAUUUCAGGUAAAUAUGACUUUCAUUACUAACAAAGUUAUUUGCUGUCUUUCCCAUGAAAAGAUCUAAAAACACCCAAAAUGGCUGCAUUGCUACUCUGUCUUCAAAAAAUACCAUGUCAAGCGCAGACAAGGGUAUUAUGUUAAUGCAAAGUACAUUCGUGCAAGAUGUUUAGGAAAUCAUGGAGAAUUUUAAUGUUAUUUACUAUGGACUAUACUGGUUUUGAGUUAAUUUUUUUUCACCACUAUUAAAGAAGUCACCUUGUGAGAAGGCAGGG